AUGUCUUUACCGUGGUUGGAUCAACCCGUCAUGCUGCACUCGAGCCGUGAUUCUGGAAAAUGUUCGAUGACGCCAGAACAGUGCGCCUACAAAUCUCGAUAUUGGGUGUUCUGGUAUGAGGCUGAUCAUCGAUAUGCCCUCCCAACUACCGCAUUCUUUCUUGCAGUCAUCCUUGUUGUUUCCAUCGGUAAUCUUGCAGGACUUUACGCACCAAUGAAAGUAAGGCGCAACGCGCUCUGGUUGCGCUUAUUAUCUUUAUGUCGAUUCCUGUCGUACAAAAGCUGGCGCUUUAGGUCUUGGAAUACCCAGUCGCUGGCAGUCUACAUACUUGGUGCAACUGGGAUUACUUUCUUUGCAGCCAUGACACUGGGCCCUCGUCCGUACUAUUGGCCAAACACUAAAGACUUGAGCUUUGGUAACUCCCCACCUAUAGCAACCCGAGCCGGUUACUUGGCUUUGGCAUGCAUGCCGUUCCUGUUUGUCCUUGGCGCAAAAUCCAAUCCUAUUUCGACUUUGACUGGGAUAUCGCACGAAAAACUCAAUGUCUGGCACAACUGGGUUGCUUGGGCCAUGUUUGUCCUUGCACUGAUUCAUACGUUCCCUUUCAUCAUUUUCCACAUUUGGAAAGGCGAUAUUGUAAAGUCAUGGAACGAUGGUGGAACAUGGGUAACUGGAGUCAUUGCCCUGUUGGCACAAGCUUGGCUAACCUUUAUGUCCAUUCGUUGGAUCCGAGAUCGAUACUACGAAUUUUUCAAAGCCACCCAUUUCGUUGCUGCCGCCAUCUUCUUCAUCUUCUUCUUCAUACACUGCGAUUUUCGCCUUACUUCCUGGGACUACUUUAUUGCGACGGCUGUCCUGUAUUCUCUCUGUUGGUUUUAUUCUCAAUUCAGGACCUAUUUGGAACACGGGUUGAAUUAUGCAACUCUAUCACUCGAGACACCGAACUCUUUGAAGAUCGCCAUCAAGACAAAUACCAAAUGGAUGCCAGGGCAACAUGCCUAUUUAAGGUUCUUGACAAGUGGUGUUCAUACCCUUACAGCCCAUCCAUUCACAAUUGCUUCGGUGCCGCAGCAUGGACAAAAAAGCGACAUGGUUUUUUAUAUCAGGCCGAGAGGAGGAACAACCGGUCGGCUCGCAAAGAUCGCUGAAAAGUCUCCUGGUAGAUCGAUACCUGUUCUCCUAGAUGGGCCAUACGGCGGGGUGACCAGCAGGUGGUUCUUGGGGUUCGACAGAACUUUGGUCGUCGUUGGAGGUGCUGGAGCCGGGUUCUCUCUGCCCAUCAUCGAGAACUUUUUGACGUCUCGAGCGAAAAGUUCUGAACUAACAGUUGUUGUCGCAUCUCAUGACCCUGGUUUCCGAUCAUGGUACUUGCAAGUUCUCAACGACAUUACUGACAGGCAGUCGAUGUCAGAAGGCGCCAAAAACUCCCAUAUAUCUGUGCUAGUUCAUGAGACUGGCCAUCAUCAAUCGAAUCCUGCAUCCAGUCUUGGCGGCAUAUCAUUGGAAACAGGGGAUGGUAAAGAAGCCGUGGAGAGCACCCCCAAUAGCUUGAAUGAGAGCUCGAUAACCAUAGGUGCUAUUCAUGUUCAAAUUUUGCCUGGGCGGCCGGAUAUCCCCUCAAUAGCCCAGGAAACAACCGAGAAACAGGGCACGGUGGGGCUGAUGGUCUGCGGCCCUGCUUCUAUGGUUUUUGACUUGAGGAAAUCUGCCACUGCAGCGCAAACGGCAAUUGUAAUCGGGGAAGCUGGUGCGAACGAAGUUUGGUUUUAUAACGAAAGUUUCUCGUAA